AUGUCAAGCGCGCAGUUAUCCUUCUCUCCUGAAGAAAUAAAGAAUGCAGGGGCUGGAGUAUUAAUUGACAACAAGAUUAUCAUCUUUGAUAGUAUCGACUUUACAAACACUCAUGCGUUUUCUUUGGAUCUUUCUAAAGAUUGGACUACAACUACACCAGAAUUUACAAUUUAUAAUUUAGUUUCUGCACCAACGUUUAUAACAACAGCAUUUAGCGCACAAAUAAAAGGUGACCACGCCGUAAUAUAUGCUUUUGGCGGGAACAUUCCGAAAAACGGAAAUUUUUCGGAUCUCAUUUACACAAAUGAUUUUUAUAAAAUUGAUGUCAACACUUCACCUUUUUCAUUUUUGCGUGUUGAUUCCGGAGACAUUGCGCCCAAAGCUCGCGCGUCUUCUGUUAUUGAUGAAAAAGGAAAACUUUAUAUAUGGGGUGGCAUUACUGCUCUAGAUGAAUAUACAACUGUGGAUAAAUAUAUGUAUAUAUUUGAUACCUUUGAUUCAACAUGGAGAAAGAUUCUACCAUCUUAUGUUCCAGCGCAAAGAUCACAAUAUACUUCAACGCUUAAAGAUGGUAAAAUUUAUUAUAUUGGAGGCUUUUAUUCAGAUCAUAUAGAUUAUGCAAAGGCUGAUAUUCGACAAAUUUUGAUAUAUGACACGCUCAAUGAUACUUCCCCAUGGUCUUUAAAAACUGCAACCAAUAAAACAAAUAUUAGUGACCGAUUUGGGCAUUCGGCAGUUCUUGCUCCUGAUAAUCGAAGUAUCAUUAUAUUUGGUGGAUUAAAAGUAUUUAGUGACACAAGAACAGGUUCACCGGAUGAGGAUAUAAAAGAUUACUUGAUUACUUUGGAUCUCGAAACCUUUGAAUUAUCAGAGCUGAAAACUCAAAACAAACUUAACAUCGAUGAUAUACCAGGGGGUCAUACUGGUGUUAUAUACAACAAUUUUUUGAUCGUAACUUUUGGCGCAUAUCCGACUAAAAGUGUUACUCGAAAAAAUCAACAAACUGCUAUUCAUAACAAUAGAUUGCAGACUCAACCCAAUACUGUGUUAUCUCACAAUAUACCCACAAUUGUAAUUCAACACGCUACUACACAAAUUCCGUUUGAUCCGAAUACCACUUUAGCUUUUAAGUCCUGA